UCGCUGCGCAGGGGACCCCGGGGCUCCGGCCCUUCCCGCGCGAUGGCUGGGGGGCCGUGGGGCGCGCCGGGAGGGGCCUCCAAGGGCAACGGCAGCGCGCUGCUCAAUGCCUCGCAGCAGGCGCCUGGCAGCGGGGAGGGCGCGCCGUCGCGCCCCUCUUGGCUGGUCACCACGCUUGCCCUCAUCCUCAUCUUCACCAUCGUGGUGGACAUCCUGGGCAACCUCCUGGUCAUCCUGUCCGUGUAUCGGAACAAGAAGCUGAGGAACGCAGGAAAUAUAUUUGUGGUGAGCCUAGCAGUUGCAGACCUGCUGGUGGCCGUGUAUCCAUACCCCUUGGCCCUGACAUCUAUCUUCAACAAUGGGUGGAGCCUGGGCUACCUGCACUGCCAGAUUAGUGGCUUCCUGAUGGGCUUGAGUGUCAUUGGCUCCGUAUUCAAUAUCACGGGGAUUGCCAUCAACCGCUAUUGCUACAUCUGCCACAGUCUCCAGUACGACAGGUUGUACAGCAACAAGAAUUCCCUCUGCUAUGUGUUCCUGAUAUGGAUGUUGACACUUGUGGCAAUCGUGCCCAACCUGUGUAUUGGAACCCUGCGGUACGACCCGAGGAUCUAUUCCUGUACAUUCACACAGUCCAUCAGCUCCGCGUACACGAUAGCCGUGGUGGUUUUCCAUUUCAUGGUUCCUAUGGUCAUAGUAAUCUUCUGUUACCUAAGAAUCUGGGUCCUGGUUCUUCAGGUCAGAUGGAGGGUGAAACCUGACAACAAACCCAAACUGAAAUCACAGGACUUCAGGAAUUUUGUCACCAUGUUUGUGGUUUUUGUACUUUUUGCCAUUUGCUGGGCGCCUCUAAACUUCGUUGGUCUUGCUGUGGCCUCAGACCCCGCCAGCAUGGUACCCAGGAUCCCAGAGUGGCUGUUUGUGGCCAGUUACUAUAUGGCGUAUUUCAACAGCUGCCUCAACGCAAUUAUAUAUGGACUCCUGAACCAAAAUUUCAGGCAGGAAUACAGGAGAAUUAUAGUCUCACUGUGCACAGCCAAGAUGUUCUUUGUGGAUAGCUCUAACAAUGUCGCAGAUAGAAUCAAAUGCAAACCCUCUCCAUUAAUAACCAACCAUAACCUAAUAAAGGUGGACUCCGUUUAAAAAAGCAGACCAUGAAUGACAAGAUCUGAACACUGAUCAAAGCCUUACUCAUUUUCAUUUGCUCUUGACAGAUGUCUAGAAAAACAAUGGGGG